AUGAUGGAACUGAUGAUCAGCGUAAAGGAACACAUUUACUGGAAAUCUUUGCUCUUGAAAUUCAAAUGUAUACCGAAACAAAAAAUAACAAAAAAUUGAAGGCUCUGUAUCAACAAUGUCUUCACGUCAAAUCUGCAAUUCCGCAUCCACGUAUAAUGGGCGUUAUUCGGGAAUGUGGUGGCAAGAUGCACAUGGGCGAGAAGGAAUGGGACAAAGCACAAACUGAUUUCUUUGAGUCUUUUAAAAAUUAUGAUGAAGCUGGUAGUCCUCAGCGUAUACAAGUUCUUAAAUACCUUGUUCUUGCAAAUAUGUUGACAGAGUCACAAAUUAAUCCUUUUGAUUCUCAAGAAACAAAACCAUACAAAAAUGAUCCUCAAAUUGUUGCAAUGACUAAUCUGGUUAGCGCAUAUCAACGCAAAGAAAUUCGAGAAUUCGAGAAAAUUCUGAGAGACAAUCGAGCAACUAUUAUGGACGAUCCUUUCAUCCGUACAUAUAUUGACGAUGUUCUCAAGAAUAUUAGGACGCAAGUACUGCUUCGUCUUAUUAAACCAUACACACGAAUAGAGAUACCGUUUGUGUCAAAACAACUUAAUAUCCCUGCACAAGAUGUUGAAGAUUUACUGGUUGGUCUCGUUCUUGAUCAAAAGAUUAAAGGGUGCAUUGAUCAAGUGAACCAACGGGGAUGA